CGCAAACAAGUACCUGCUGUUCGAAUCGAGUACAGGGAAGCCUUCUCGAAUGUAGCACUUGUCUGGCCAUGGUUCUCUAUAAAGAUCCCCUCCUCUCGUGGAAACUUAGACAACAGAAAGUCUUGACCCAAAUUCGUCACAGAAGCUUCACAACUUUCGAAAUGUUUCCCAUCAACUAUCUCGUCUUACUCUUUGCCUCAACAGCCCUUGCCCUCCCUCACAACCCAGAGGCUUGCGACACAGAUGCCGCUGCCGUCACAGCUGCUCCCAAAGAGUCGUUUGACUGUGACUACAGCUAUUGUGGUGAGGAUGACGAUGUCUUGUGGUGCUUUCACUUCAUCCCUUUCACAACCAUCAACCCUACCCUUGGUCCUCUUCCUGGCGAGACAAGGGUCUCUAUCGGCAUGUGCGGUCCCAAAUCAGCAGACCCGAACCCAAUGGAUUGA